UACUACUCCAAAAUUCCAUUUCCAUCUAGCUACAUUGGUCCCCAUUAAACCAUUUUGAGAUGUAGCAGCAGUAUGAUUAAUUAUGCAUUCCAUUUUGAGCACCCAAUCUUAAUUAUUUCUGAUACUUACCAUUUUCAGUAAUUCAGUCUCCAAGUGGUCCAUAUCAUUUUGCUGGCUAAUGGCAUAGAUCGAUAUAAUAUUGAGUGAUUUACUUACUUAUUACGCUGUUGCUCGCAGUACUCUGGUGGGUGCAAGUAUCAAGUUUCAGCUUUUCAACUCCUCCUCUCCAAGAUGGAUUAUGAUCACCAAGACAAACCAUCCUUCUUCGCAAUCAUCAAAGAAGGCUUCAACAUCAACAGCCUGAAGGUACCACCGGAGAUUGUUACGGAUUUGGGUGAAGAGUUGUGGAAGAAUACGUUUAUGAUUCUGGUAGGUUCGUCUGGUGAGAAGUGGGAAGUGAGUAUUUUGAAGAAAGGGAAUGACAUAUAUCUACAAAUUGGUUGGCAGAAAUUUCUGAUAGACAACAAAGUGAUGCUUGAAGAGUUAUUGGUUUUCACAUAUGAUGGGGAGAACAAGUUCCAGGGGCAAAUUUUUGGCAAGAAUGGAUUGGAGAGACCAUGCUUCAAGAAUGUACCAGAACAAGAAGAAGUACAAGAAGAAGAAGAAGAAGUUACUGCAGCACCUCCAUUCACCGUGGCCAAGAGAAAGAGGGGCAGACCAAGAAAAGUUCCUUCUCCUGAGAGUGAGUGCUUUAAGAAAGAAAAAGCUGAAGUUCCAGCAAAAAUUGCGGUUAAGAGAAAUGAUUGUAGAGCAAGAAAAAGUCCUGCUGGUGAGAGAGUAUGCUUCAGGAAAAAAGAAGAAGUUGCAGCAACAAUCAUGUCUAUGGGGAAACGAAGAAAAAAUCGUCAGAGAGUAAGCGUAAAGAAAGAAGAAGCCAAAGCUGCAGCAACAAUGGCGGCUGCGAUAAACAAGGGCAGAACAAGAGAAAAUCCUGCUGGUGAGAGAGUAUGCGUCAAGAAAGAAGAUGCAAAAGCUGAAGAAACAAUUGUGGCUGAGAGAAAGAAGGGUAGACCAAGAAAAUAUUCUGCUCCAGUUGUUAUUUAUGUUAACUGAUAUAAAAUAAAAAAUUAUCUGUUAUAUAUAUGAUCAGAUUGAAAUAGAUACUGAGAUUAAUUAAAGUAUGCUUAACAACAAUCCAUAUAUUGGAGUUAGUUAUUAGGAUUUAUGUAGCUGUUAUGAUUGAUGUUGUUUUUAUGGUUGCAUUGUAUGUGAAUGCAUUGGGCAUCAAAGUGGAUGGUGAUUUUUCUAAUUGUGUCUAGAUUUUAUUGGUGAAAUUCAAAUCAGUUGAAUGUUAAACAUUGUACUUCAUUUAUUAAUAUAGUUUUGUCUCCUAA